GGCCCAGUUUCACCAAGUGGGGUAAUUUCGGCAUGGGGUAGAUUUCCAUUCUACCCCAUGGGAUAGAAUCCAGUUUCACCAGCUCAAACUACCCCAAUGGGGUAGUUUCGGCGUCUCUUGUGAAUGUUUGCUAAGCAAGCAGCAUCAGCGAAACAGCGGAACGUUUUGAUUGGUCGAGAUUCCGCUGUUGCAUUGGGUAUGCUUCGUAGAAUACAAUGUUUAUUUUCUUCUUUUGUUUGUGGGCCUAGACAAUACAGUGCACAGGUUUCUCAUCAAAGGUGAGGCGUUAUUCGUGUAAUAUGUAAAUAUUUGGAUUGUUCUUGUUAAUUAUAACCUUAAGUUUUAUCUUAGUAGUGGUUAUUUUGAAGCUUUUUUAUACGGUCUUUCUUGAUUUUAAUUGAUUGGGUCUCCAGCCAGACCGAAAUGCCUGCCUGUGGAGGAGCUCGCCAACGAAGAGAGGAAAACAAGCUGGAACUUUUCCGGUUCCUAGCUCAGAAUAAGUCGAUUCUCUACGGUAAGCUGCGCGGACCGGGAGCGGGGGCCGCUCGCGCCACGAAAUGGAAGGAGGCCCGCGACCUGGCCGCUUUGCUGGGCCUAAUCCCGCAUGGCGCUGAUGUUAGAAAAAUGCGGAACUCUCUCCUAAAAAACCAAAUUGGACGGAGCAGAGCCAAGCGAAACAAAUUGAGGUCGACUGGUACUGGUGGCGAGUCGGGCGGUUUGACCGACCUGGACGAGGUUGCUUUAAGCCUCGACGAUGGGACUUACGACUUCGUCGUCCCUGGCGCGCUGAGCAGCAUCGCUCCCCGGCCGCAGGAAGAGAGUGCUGGAGGUGAUGCCCGCGGCAGCGAAGCGGCGGUGUCGGAAGCGACCUGGCUGGGCACCGGGUCGGACAGCGUGGCCGGGGCUUCUCCGUUUCAUCCUUCCUGUGUGUCACCUAUGUCGAUCACCUCACUACUUGAUGAGCCUUCCACAUCCCUACUCUCUCAGCCAUCUCAGUCCACCACCUCUCUCCCAUCGCAGCCCACCGCCUCCCAGCCUACCGCCUCCCUCCCUUCCCAGCCUUACGCCUCCCAACCUACGGCCCCGCAUCCCUCCCAGCCUACCGCCUCCCUCACCUCCCAGCCCACCGCCUCCAUCGCUUCCCAGCCUACGGCCCCGCAUUCCUCCCAGCCUACCGCCUCCCAGCCCACCGCCGCAGCGAGGGCCGCCCGCAGUCUUCGCGACACCCUGUCCGACCGCACCGUCACGACACGGACCCUUGAGUCGUUCGUAGCUGAACGCAGGGAAGUGAGCGAGCGUCGCAGACUUUUACUAGCUGCACCGCUCGACUGCCUCCUGACAGAGGAGCUCACCGAGGUGGCCGAACAUUACAGGGCGAUCACCUACAAGAACAUGUCGCUGCUCUGAUUACGCUGUCUGCGACGCUCGCUCACGCCCACGCGUAACUCUUUCGCUGUUCUAUUAACUCGCUGAAGCUGUUUUUUUUUGUGCUGGCCACUGCAAAUGUUGUUGGCUUAAAAUGAAUAUGAUGUUUUCUGGUAAACAAGCGAUUUCUAUUUGA